UUGGGGGCCUCUUGGGCCCUCUUGGGCCUCUUGGGCCCUCUUGGGGCUAUCCGUAGCCAUUUUGGCUCAAGUCAAGUCGUUUUGGCUCACGUUCGUUGUGUGCGGCCGAAGGUGGAACUUCGCCUCAGGCGCUGCAGGUUUUCGCGUUGACAUUCCCAGGCACCGGGCGCAUGAUGCAGAUCGCAGACGCGUCCUCCGCGCUCGUAGUUCCCCUGGUAUUUGGACCAGUGUAUGGGAUUGCCUACAGCAUGCUCUUCGCCUGGAAGGUGGGGAACGAUUCGAGCGCGGCGCUGCAAAGGUUUGGAUGGAUUUGCAUGUUUGUAUCGAAGGUCCUGUUCACCAAGUUGAUCCCCGAAAGCUACGCUAUAGCAGAGCUCUGCGGGCUCAAUCCGUCGACUUCUGGGCUCCUCGUCAGCGUCUACGCUGGGGCGCAUAUGAUUGGCUACGGGAUAUUGUGGGGCAUGUUCAGGUCAAGUACCCAGAAAUUGAGCAGCGCCGAGUUGUUCUCAGCCUAUGCCAUGGCCGCCAUCUGCCUCACCGUCGGCACCGUGGGUUUUGCUGCAGUCACGCCGCACGUGGAGUACUUCCCACACGUUUGGCUCCGAGGUGGAGCAUUGCUUCUUUGCCGCGCCAUUGCGGGCGUUGGCGGGGGCAUGAUGGUCUACGCAGCUUUGAACGUCGCGUCAAGCAACGGCACGCCGGAGCAGAAGAGGGAAAACACGGCAUGGCUCACGGUCGCAAGCGCCGUGGGGGCUGGCUGCGGGCCAAUCCUCGCUUCUGCGUCUCAGAGCAUUCGCCAACUCAUGUCCGUGGAUGGAUUCCAGUUUUACGACGAUGUCUUGCUGUGCUUCGCCGUGUGCAUGGGCGUCAGCAGGCUUCGAGGCCUGAGCAGAGACACUGCCGAGCACGCGGCGUUCCAGAAAGUCCAACAACCGCCUGAAGCGCCUCUUCAGCUUCGCCACGCGUCGAAGCGCGCGUUGCUGUGGUGCGCAAGCCUCUGCUGCAUCAGGACGUUCGUGAUGAGCGGGGCAGAGGUGGCUACGGCUCUCAUUCUCGAGGAGAGCGCGAGCUGGUCGAGGGUGAGCAUCGGGCUUGCGAUCGGGGUCGCGUUCCUCCUGAGUUGGCCAGUCAAGGCGAUUCUCGGCCGCACGCAGUUCGGCAUCACGGCGGCGUCCACGCAGAUCUUGCUCGUGGGCGCUCUGCUGGCCACCUUGAUGAUGUCCCGCUCCAUGGCGAUACCGCCGGGCUCGUUCUGGUCGUUGCUGGCAGCAGACACCAUCCUACUGCCGCAAUUGAUCGUGGCUGGAGGGUACCUUGAUGGCAUCAUGCUCUCGCUCCCCAGCCUCGCUCCUGGGCCGGGCAUGCCGUCGCAGCACGACGUGCAGCUCCUGCGCGGCUUUUGCACGGACGGACUAGGACGUUUCAUGGGUCCUCCGAUUGCACGAUGGAUCGCGACAUCCUCUGGGUUCUGCGACGGGCAGGACCUGUACAGUAUUGUGCAAUUCUGCGGGAUUGCUGUCAUGAUCGUCGUAUUCAAGAUGUUCGUGCUUCCAGCCUACGACGAGGCAAGGGGCUGGACGCAGCGAGGGGGGCGGGGCGAGUGCGCUGCAUCGGACGCGCCGUUGCUCGGUGACCCCUCGCGCGAGGCCGGCGAUCUCCAGCCCAGCAUGAGGGCGGACAUGUACGGUGAGUAUUGGGUCUCGCUGCCAGCCCGCCUUGCGCAUGACAAGCUCACAGAAGGCCCGUUCAGCCUGGACAGCCACCCGUGCGCGGGGAAGCGCCUGGCCCUGAUCAUCCGCGGCGAAUCCUUCCGCGAGGGGCGGCAGCAUUCUCGUUCAGUUGGGUCGGAGGCUUCAAUCACCGAGCAGAUGCUCGCGUCAGCAUCACACAUGAGUCUCAUCGUGGAACCUUUCCGCCAAGCAGGCUACGAGGUCGAGGUCUUUCUUCAGACCAGACACAUCAGCGAUGAUCUCACGGAGAAGCUGCACAGCUGGUACGGAGACACUCUGACGAGGACCGAGUUCUCUGACAACACCAAGAGCGCCUACAAGCCUCGCAAGUACAAUCAAACGACAGGCAAGUUCGAGACUGGCCCUGAUUACACGCCGCAAGUGGCAGGCAGCGGCUUGGUUGCGUCGUGGGAGCUGUGUAUGAUGAACCUGGCGCGGUCCCUUCGCGAGCAGAAGCGAGAUUUCAGCCACGUCCUCGUGAUCCGAGCGGACCAGAUCUUCAAAGUGAACGUUGGGCAGAUCCUCCUCAACCUGGAUGCCGAGGACCGCGAGAAGAUCCUCUACGCGAACAAGCACGUCGUGCACGGCCCUGACGGGCAGCCCAUAGAAGAGGGCCAGUGUCCCUCAGGCAGGCGCUUCUUCGGCGACAGGUGGGACAGCGCUGACGGUACCCCGAGCGUCAGCGAUCAGUUCCAUUGGUUCCCUUUCGGACUUGCAAACGUCAUGAUGAAGUGUGGCUUUCCUGGCCACCAGGCGUGGGACAAGCACCAGGCGUGGGUCGGCGAGGCACGCUUGGGCUUCCUGACCCCGGGGCCCUUCGAGUCAGACCCGUCCAAGGGGUGGAACCCGCUCUUCCGGCUGGCGGGUCGCGCCGAGCGAGAGCCCACAGAGGCAGAGCUCAGCAGGGUUCCUCGCGAAUGGCCCAUUCGCUGAGCGCUGUGAGCGGCCGUGAGAUCGCGAAGGGCGACGCAGUUACCACGUAGCUACCCAGAUUCGGCGCUCAUCUGGCCCUCUUUCCGGAUCAAUCUCGUUGAAUUUUCUUCCUUACCCCGGCAGGCCGGCAGGCUCAGCGCAGGCUGGUAUUACGGGCUGGCCCAUUCAAUUCCACGUCUUCCCGAGCCGCCCUGUAAUUCGCAGAAGGAGCGCUCGCGCGUUGGUAGGGGUCUCAUGAGCCUUCGUUCAGCUUGUACAAGGGCAUUGCCGGUUUCGUAGGGAGGCUCUUUCCAUGGCCAAAUUCCUCGAUCCGCAUGAAUGUAGUGAAGUUCAAGGCAAUUGGGCCGUGCUGUGUAUACAUAUGUACACACAGUCUCUCUCUCUCUCUCAUAUAUAUAUAUCAGAUAUUCAAGACAAUAUCCAUAUGCAUAUCUCGGGAGUGCGGAUUGGGCCGCCGGAGCAUGCGCCCCGACCCCUGAUCGGGAUGCGGGGAUCCUUCGAGUCCGAUCCGUCCAAGGGGUGGAACUUGCUCUUCCGGCUGGAUGCCGCGCCGAGCGAGAGCCCACAGAGGCAAAGCUCAGCAGGGCUCUUCGUGAAUGGCCCACUAUCGCGAAGGGCCCUGGCGCAAUCACCACAUUGCUGCUCGUACUCGGCGCCCCUCAUCCGGUUUUUUUUCCGGACCAGCCGCGCUUAUCUUCCAGAUGGCCAGCAGGCUAAGCGAAACGCAGGCCAGUGUGUGUGCUGGCCCAUGCGAUUCUGGGUCUGCUCAAGCCGUCGUGUAAUCCGCAGAACGAGCGGCCGCACGUUGGUAGGAAUCUUAUAAAUCUUAGCUAGGCUUGUACAAGAGCGCUAUCGGACUCGGAGGGAGUCCCCCUCCAUUGUCAAUUUCCUCAAGUCCAAAGAUACCAGUGAAGUUCAAGGCAACCUGGCCGUGCCGUCUGUGAAUUCCCAGAGUAAGCGGUCGCCGCAUUGGUGGGACUCUAUUGUUUCGUGUCUGUGUGGCGCAUGAACAAGUGGAGAUCAGUUCUCCAUAGCCAAUUUCCUAAAGUCACAUGACGGCAGUGGAGUUCAAAUCAGUUGAGCCGUGGCAA